AUGUCUCCUGAAAAUCUCACAUCAGUACUGCAAUUCACCAUUCUGGGAUAUCCAGACAUGACUGAGAAGCGUAUAUUGUUAUUUUUAUUAUUUGUAUGUGUGUAUGUAACAACGAUAUUAGGCAAUCUGGUCAUAAUCAUUAUAACAAAUUCAUAUGACAGCCUACAAACCCCGAUGUACUUUUUAUUAGGCAAAUUAUCUAUAAUAGACAUUUGUUAUAUCUCUGUCACAGUGCCACAAAUGUUGUUCUUUCUUGCUUCAAAGCAGAACACAAUUUCCUUUGCUGGUUGUAUAGUACAGCUGUAUAGUAUGAUCUUUCUGGAAAGCGCUGAAUGUGUACUUCUUGCCAUCAUGGCUUAUGAUCGCUACUUGGCCAUCUGUAGACCCUUGCACUAUAUUCUCAUCAUGAACAGAGCAGUUUGUUACAAGUUGCUGUCUGGUGCAAUAUUUAGUAGUGCUCUACACUCUUUACUCCACACGCUACUCAUUGCCCAGUUGCCCUUCUGCCAUUAUAGCAUUAACCAUUUCUUCUGUGACAUUCCACCUUUGCUAAAACUAUCAUGCACAGACACUCAUGUUAAUGAGAUUCUACUCUUUGCAGUAAGUGGGGUAUUUGUAGGACUUGGUCCACUUUUGAUGAUUUUUGUGUCCUACGCCUUCAUUGUUUGCAAAAUCCUUAAAAUGAAGGCAGGAGUGGGAAGAUGGAAAACAUUUUCUACCUGUACAUCUCAUCUUACAAUAGUUACAAUAUUCUAUGGAACUGGCAGUUUCACUUAUGUAAGACCUAAGUCCAGUUAUUCUUUAGAUCGAGAUAAACUAGUUUCUGUUUUCUACAAUAUUGCAACUCCUUUGCUAAACCCUAUUAUUUACAGCCUUAGGAACAGUGAGGUCAAGAAGUCUAUAACAAAUGGAUUCAGGAGAUAUUGUGUGUUUCAGCAGAUGUAG